UAUAUAUACAUCAAUCUGGUCUCCAAGUUGUGGACUGGUGGUCCUCUGUAAAACAAAUAUUUAAGUCAAAACAACCAGCUAUUUAUUUCUUGAUUAUAUAAACCAAAAUUGCAAUAAAAACAAGAUUAGUUGACUGUGAGUCUUCUCCCAAACUAAUCAUUCUCAUUUUUAAAUCAUAUUAUUCCAAUUUUUUUUUAUUAUUAUAUUUUUGUUGCGAAAUUCGAGGAUAUAAUUUGAACUUCUCUAAUUAUAAUUACUACUUAGCUUCAGUAAAGCAAAAAAAAUCAUUUCAUCAUAUGCAGCAGAGCUCCAAAAAGAUGUCUAUAUUGAUUUCAUGUUUUGUGAUAGUGUUGGGUUUUGGGGUUGUGUUUGGCAAUGGAGAUGGGCUUAAUAUAUAUGAAAUCAAGAAAGGCGAUUUCUCUGUUAAAAUCACUAACUAUGGUGCUAGAAUCGUCUCUGUUGUUCUUCCUGACAAAAAUGGGAAGUUAGCUGAUGUUGUUCUUGGUUAUGACACAAUCAAAGAUUACAUGAACGAUACGUGUUACUUCGGAGCCAUUGUUGGAAGAGUCGGUAACCGCAUCGGCGGUGCUAAAUUUACUCUAAAUGGAACCGUUUAUAAACUCGACGCUAAUGAGGGGACUAGCAUGCUCCAUGGCGGUAAGAAAGGAUUCAGCCAAGUGGCAUGGAAGGUGAAAAACCACGUUAAAAACGGUCCAUCUCCUUCCAUUACGUUAACGUACCACAGUGUUGAUGGCGAAGAAGGUUUUCCGGGCGAUGUUCUGACCUCCGUGACGUAUGCUAUUAUCGAACCUUACAAAUUGAGCGUCAAAAUGAAGGCGAAAGCUUCGAAAAAGGCAACUCCAGUGAACCUAGCCCAACACAGCUACUGGAAUCUCGGCGGCCACAACACCGGGAAUAUUCUAUCCGACGAGCUACAAAUAUUCGCUUCACACAUCACACCCGUCGACAAAAAACUCAUCCCCACCGGUAAAUUUGUCUCUGUCAAGGCCACCCCUUACGAUUUCCUCGAACCUCGUGUGAUAAAAGGUCCGAUAAAAGAACUUCCAAACGGAUCGAGGGGGUACGAUAUCAACUACGUGGUUGACGGUCGCAACGGGCUUAAAAUGAAGCCAAUAGCCGUAGUGUACAACAAGAAAUCCGGGAGGGUAAUGAAGUUGUCUGCUAAUACCCCUGGUGUGCAGUUGUAUACCGGUAAUUACAUCAAUGAUGUCAGGGGCAAAAACGGAUAUGUUUAUAAACCUCACGCGGCUUUGUGUUUGGAGACUCAAGGGUUUCCCGAUUCUGUCAAUCACCCGAAUUUUCCUUCGCAGAUUGUUUAUCCGGGAAAGAGUUAUCGACACUAUAUGAUGUUUACGUUUUCGAUCAAGAAAUGAUGAGUACUUCCGAUUCAUUACGAUGAACUUUAUGUUGUAGUAAAUUCAUUUGAGCUUUAAUCACAUUGUAUUAUCUCUCUUUAUCAACAUCAUUAAUGCUAGA